UAUCUGAGCAAUUCGAGAACUUGAGUGGUGACCAUGGAUGCCAUUGCCAACGCCACCGUCUCCGCCGGCGAAGCAAUGUCUCCGCCUCCGCCGACAGACUUCUCUUGUGAUAUGGUCGAUACGGAUAGACUAAAGGAAAUUUGUGCAAGCGGAGCACUGCAUUUUGAUGAUUCGACUUGGCUUAUCUCCGAGAUCGAGAAAUCGUUUCCAGAUGAUAUAGAGAAGCUAUGUCUGGUUUAUGAUGCUUUCUUGUCAGGAUUUCCUCUUUGCCAUGGAUAUUGGAGGAGGUAUGCUUAUCACAAGAUACGGUUAUGCACCGUAGAAAAGGCUGUUGAAGUUUUCGAAAGAGCCGUAGAAGCAGCAACAUAUUCUGUCCCCAUAUGGGUCGACUAUUGCACCUUUGCUGCAGCAGCGUAUGAAGAUCCUCUUGAUGUUUGUAGAUUAUUUGAGAGGGGCCUCUCAUUUGUUGGAAAAGAUUACUCAUGCUAUGCUCUGCGGGACAAAUAUAUAGAAUUUCUGUCAGAACAACAGCAGUGGAGUUCACUGGCUCACAUUUUCCUCCAGACCCUGAGAUAUCCAUCCAAAAAGUUGCAUGUCUAUUAUGAAAGCUUCAGAAUUCUGGCAGCUUCUCUGAAAGAGGAGAUUGAAUGUGGAAUAAAUGCCAGCGGAGAUCUUUCUUCAGUACCUAUUGAAGAAGACGCAGACCCUUCACAUUAUACCGAUGAUGAUAUUGCUAAUAUCGUUAGAGAUUUGCUGGGUGCUUCCAAUGUCUCGGUUAUGUCCAAAUCACUGCAGGCAUAUUUAUCAAUCGGAGAACGAUUAUUUCAAGAUACACAACAGUUGACGGAAAAAAUAAGUAGCUUUGAGACACGAAUCAACAGGCUAUAUUUUCAUGUGAAGCCACUCGACACAAAUCAACUGGACAACUGGCAUGAAUAUUUGGACUUUGCUGAAUUACAUGAGGACUUUGAUUGGGCUGUUAAACUUUAUGAGAGAUGUUUAAUACCAUGUGCUAAUUAUCCUGAGUUCUGGAUCCGCUAUGUGGAUUUUGUUGAAAGCAAAGGUGGAAGGGAGCUAGCAAAUUUUGCACUUUCUCGGGCAACACAAACUUUUGUCAAGAAUGCAUCUGUCAUCCAUCUAUUUGAUGCAUGGUUCAAAGAACGCACAGGAAAUGUAUCAGCUGCUUAUGCUGCUCUUUCUCGAUGUUCGAAGGAGCCUGGUUUUACUUUCAUUGAAAAUGUAAUGAAGAAAGCUAACAUGGAAAAACGCCUGGGUGAUUUUGAAGCAGCUGAUAAGACGUAUAGAGAAGCACUUGAGAAAAUUUCUGCAGGGAAAGAAAACUCGGAGACCCUCCCGCUGUUGUAUGCUCAUUUUUCUCGCCUCAAGUACACGUUGACUCAAAGUGCUGACGCUGCUAAAAAGAUUCUAAUGGAGGGCAUUGAAAGAGUACCUCACUGCAAAUUACUUCUCGAGGAACUUAUAAGAUUCACAAUGACGCAUGAAGGGUCUCGGCAAAUAGAUCUGCUAGAUUCUAUCAUUGAUAAGGAAAUAUCCCACCAGUCAGAUUCCUUGAGUGGUUUGAGCGCACAAGACAAAGAGUAUAUAUCAAAGUUAUACUUGGAACUUAUCGACCUCUGUGGAACCAUCCAUGAUGUGAGGAAGGCAUGGAAACGGCAUGCAAAAUUGUUCCCAGAUUCUACGGGGCUCAAUGCAUAUGCUUUUCCUGCCGUCUCUGAGAAUCCGCUCAAAGGGUUUAUGCAGAGAAGACGGGAAAAUGUUGUCUGCUUGACCCAGAACCUGUCAUCAACAGACAAUAUCAUUGACAAUCCGGUUAUUUCGCCCCGAAAAGACAAGAAAGAGUUACCUGUAGACUCUGAUGGUGUCCGAUCCAAAAACACCGCCACUGAUCAUGGCGAUUGUGUUGUUCAGUCUGGCCUUCUUAACAGUCAGCUGAAUCCUGAUGCUCGGGCCACAGGACUUCAAAGUCCUAAAGAACAUGUUGCCCGGAAGGAUCAGUGUGAAUCUCAACUGUCACUCGAGAGGCUAUCACUGGGAUAUAAGGAGGAUGAAGAUGAGCAUGGUCGUCGAGAUGUCAACAUGACCAGUAGUCAGCCCAUACCAAAAGAUGGUCUAGUCACUAAAAGAGCCUACUUCUUGACCAAUCCCUCAGGAGGUCGGGAAUCAGAUGCAAUAGAGAUCCAACCUAAGGGUGUUCAGAAUCAGAAUCAUCGAGAUUCCAAUCCCGGGUCUCAGGAGAGACAUCCUCAGAGGAAGUUUCAGAGGUUUUCUCCGGUUCCUGGUCAGCACCAGGGUGUAGUCCCUCAGACUCAGAGCUCUGUCUUGCAGAAUCAUCAGAACCAAAGUACAGUGUCUGCAUCUCAGAUUCAGGUCCAGGCUCAAACAGCUGUUGCUUACCCUCAAGCUCAGACUGCAGUGCAAAGUAAUGAGCAACAAGGACAAACAGAGAGUACUGAAGGGUACAACCAGAUGUGGCAGCAGUAUUACUAUUACUAUUACUACUACUAUCAACAGCAACAGCUUCUGAAUCAACAGCCGCCACAACCAAAUUGGAAUUCCCAGCUGCAACAGCAGCAGCAGCCAGAUCAGAAUCUGCCAAAUCUUCUUCCAGAACAGCAACAGCAACUGUUGCAGUUACACCAAUUUUUCACGUCCCAGCAGCUCCAACAGUCUCAAGUAGAACCACAGCACCCACCAUCCCAACAGCAAGAACAACAGAACGCCCUACGGUCGCCAAUCCAGCAGAGCCAAGAAGAACAACAGCACAUUCAGUUCCAGCAGCAACACCAGUGGCUCCUGCAGCAACAACAACAACAACAACAACAGUGGUUUCUGCAACAGCUACAGCAACUGCAACAACAGCAGCCGCAGCAACAGCAACAGCAACCAUGUCCACAACAGCAACCAUCCUGUGAACAACAUCAACAACAACAACAACAUCAUCUCUACCUCCAAUAUCAGCAGCAGCAGCAGCAGCAGGGGGAAGAAAGACAAGACGAGCAGAAGCUUUCUGUCUGUGUCUCAGAUUCCCAAAAAGGGACAGUGACAGACGAGAGGGAGUCGGGACAAGAACAUGGAGCAGGCUAUGCGUCAGUUCUAUCCAAGUCAACUGGAAGCCAUGGCUGAUCAUCACUAGUUCAAAUGCUGCACCAUAUGAUGUAUCUCUGCAUUUUUAUGCGUGAUUAUAUAUAUAUAUAUAUAUAUAUGUAUAUAAAUAUAUAUAUAUGUUUUAGCUUAGUACUUGUGAACUUAUUUAACAUUAUGCUCGAAAAGAAUAUCGUCUAGAGUCGUGAAAUUGACGUAGUAGUAGCAACAUUUGGAGAAUUA